AUGCCUCUGGAUUUCACACAAGCGAACAUUCAAGCUGGUUUUUGCAAAACUUGUAUUUAUCCGUAUAAUCGUAAUCUGUUCCAAGAAAUCGACUUUGCACCGUCUUUUGUAACGGACAGAACAAACCCUGAAAUUGAAGAAAAUAGUCGCGCAGCAUCAUCCCUUGUACCGGACAGAGCAAACGCUGACAUUGGAGAGACUAAUUCUGCAGAAUCAUCUUUUGUAACGAAUAGAACAAAUCUUGACACUGAAGAAAACAAUUCUGCAGCUAACAAUAAAAUACCAUCGACACAAGAAUUUGAUUUUUUAGCUUCCUUUCAAACAGACAGACCAAACCCAGACGAUGGAAGGAACAAUCCUGGAUCGAUCGAUGAAAUACCGCUUCUUUAA